AUGUCUGAUCAGAAUAUACUCGAGUUACAGCGAUUCAAAGAGUCUCAAGAUCGUUUACGAUCUCGACAGUCAUCUAGGAAGCGGCAAUAUGGAUUACUGAAGAAAGCAGAGCAAUUUCGAAAGGUAGCAAACCUGGAUGUAGCCAUGAUUUUGUUCGAUCCUAUUUCUCAACAGUAUUGUACCUAUAGGUCAAGAGAUGAUGAAUCCUGGCCACCUUCUAUUAUGGAAAUAGUGAGUACGCAAUCUAUUCGCUCAGAAACAAUUCAGUUGAUUGAUGAAUCGCAGACCAGAUUGAGCAAUUCAGUCAAUUAUUUGCCAGAAGAUUUCGAGCUGAAAGAAAGAAAUGCAACUGCAGUUGAUGAAAAUAUUCAUACUGGGAAGAAGAGACGAAACAAAAUCCCUGACAUCUCCUUGAAGCGCAAAAAGGCAAAUUCAAAAAUUUCAGAUACGGAAUACAGACCAAAAUCAUCACUACAGCAUCAUGAGGAGAUCGAACCAUCGCAUGAAUCAUCUCCUCUUGCUCCAGAAUCAUUAGUGGGGGGUUUUAAUGGCUUGAUCAACGAAGACGCAACGGCCGCUUUGAUAAUGUCAGGAGAAGACCUUGAAUAUUCUGGUGGAAACGAUCCAUCAAUUCAUACUAACAUUCAGCAACCACGUGAUAUACCUCCUCUCAUUCUCGGACCAUGUAGUGAAGAUUUGAAUGAUCCAACUCAUGAUCUGUCAUCCUCAAUGUUGAUUCCAGAAGAUAAACUGGACUACUCUAAACGAGCUUCACCUGAUCCUAUCACAAAAACUUCCCUCUUUCAAUCGUCCGUGGACUCGAUCUCAUCUACAAUGCAUUACACUACACAUGAGAAACCAGAAGACUUAUCAUCGAUAUCAACUGAGCCAAUACCCAUGCCACGGUUACCAGGAUUUCUAAGAGAUCGAUUUUUUAAUGAAACAACAUCAUCAACGCAAUCGCCAACUUAUGAGCUCCCGGACUUCGAAGAUGCCUUUGAAAAUAGUGUGCUGGGCAAGAUAUUCUGA